AUGAACAUUCCCAAAACCUACUCCCGCAGCGCCCUCAUCCAACCCGUCGCCGCCCUCUGCGACGCCUUCGCCUCCGCCGCCCCCGUCCCCGUCCUCCUGAGCCACUUCACCACCAACCCGCUGCCGAUGGUACAGGAGCACGGACUGCCGAUCCUCGCGCCGUUCCUGGGCCGCACAUUCACCGGCACCGACGGGGUGGGCCGGUACUUCGAGCUGAUUUCGGACCUGCUCUCGUUCGAGAACAUGAGUUUCGACGGCGAGGAGGAGUGGAUUGUGGAUGCGGUGGCGAUGGCGGUAUGCCUGCGUGGGCGGGCGCGCUUCACCUGGAAGGAGACCGGGCAGGGCUGGGAUGAAACGUUCUGUUAUCGGAUUGGGUUGGCGGAGGAGCUGGGGCUGAAUAACAAUAACAAUAACCAUGGGAGCCGGGGUGGGGGUGCGAAAGGGCUGAAGGUGCAGGAGUACCGCGUCUGGGCGGAUACGGGGGCGGCGUAUCUAGCGCGAAUGAAUCGGUUGGGGGAGGUGCAGAGGGAGUAUGGCGGCAAGGAGACGAGGUCGUCGAUGGAGAGGAGGAGGUCAGGGCAUGGGAAUAUGAUUGGGGAGGGGCUAAGGGCUUAUGAGGGGAGGGGUUGA